GGAUAUGCCACAAUUACUGAACCUCUGCAAGCCCUUACCCACAAGAACCAUGCCUGGGAGUGGAUGGACAAGCAGGAACAUGCCCUGGCCCAGCUCCGGCAUGUGUUGGCCAAUGCACCUGUCACAGCGUACUUCAACCCUGAGAAAACAACUGAAAUCUCUGUUGAUGCAAGCCCGGUUGGGCUGGGCGCCAUCUUAGCGCAAAUCGAUCCCACAACCAAAGUCAAGCGUAUCAUUGCGUAUGCCAGCCGGUCUCUGACCACCACCGAGCAACGCUACAGCCAGACUGAGCGCGAAGCCCUCGCUGUAGUAUGGGCAUGUGAACACUUUCAUCUCUACAUUUACGGCAAGCCAGUCAAUGUCUACACAGACCACAAGCCCCUCGUUGCUAUCUAUGGCAACACGAACUCGAAACCACCUGCUCGUAUCGAAAAAUGGGCACUCAGACUUCAACCAUACCAGACCACCGUGCAUUACCGAAAAGGAGAAGAAAAUCCUGCAGACUAUAUGUCUAGGCACCCUUCCAGCCACACCGAACCCUGCAGCAGACAGGAAAAAGUUGCUGAAGAGUACAUAAAUUACAUUGCCACAACUUCAACACCAACUGCACUCACCCUCAGCAUGAUUGCAGAGGCCACAGGACGUGACCCAACCCUCCGUGCCGUCAUAGACGCCGUUCAAUCAGGCAAGUGGCAUGAACUAGCCAAGCAUCCAAAGGUCGACACUGACACAUACGAACGCCUCAAAGAUGAGUUAACCGUUGGAACAACAACCCAAGUAGUCAUUCGCGGAACGAAAUUAGUGAUUCCAAACAAGCUACAACGUCGCGUCGUAGACUUGGCUCACGAAGGUCACCAAGGCAUUACCAAAACCAAAUCCCUACUACGAGAGAAGGUGUGGUUCCCCGGAAUCAACAAAAUGGUCGAAGAACGAGUAAAAUCCUGUCUCGCAUGCCAAGUUGCAACCCCGGAGGCAGCACGUGAGCCGUUACAAAUGUCUACUUUGCCCGAUCAAGCGUGGGACGAGAUAAGCGUUGACUUUGCUGAACUCUCAACAGGGGACUACCUCUUGGUGGUAUCUGACGACUACUCACGCUAUCCAAUUGUUGAAGUUAUUCGUUCAGUGGCAGCCCAAGCUGUAAUUCCUAAACUCCAACACAUCUUUUCACAAUUUGGCAUUCCAGGAAUUCUGAAAUCCGAUAACGGUCCGCCGUUCAACUCCGAAGCCUUUGCAACUUUCGCCGCUAACCUGGGAUUUACCCACAGAAAGAUCACUCCCUAUUGGCCAAGAGCCAAUGGCGAAGUAGAGCGGUUCAUGAGGACGGUAAAGAAGAUCGUGAAGAUUGCACUUACACAGCAGAAACCAUGGCGGGAAGAACUAACCAACUUCCUUCGGAACUUCAGAGCUACACCACACAGCUCAACUGGAAAGGCCCCAGCAACAGCCUUCUUCAAUCGCCAACUCCGAACGAAGCUACCCGAUGUACGCACCAAUGCACGGGACCCGGCCGAGAUCCAAGAGACGGACCAGAAAGCCAAAAGAAAGAUGAAGAAAUAUGCUGACUCGAAAGCAUACGUCAAGCCAUCGAGAGUACGACCUGGCGAUACCGUGGUCCUAAAGCGUGAUCCCUCACAUCGAAAGUCCGAAACCCCGUAUGAACCAAAGCCAUACAAAGUAAUCAGCUGCAAAGGCUCGAUGGUAACCGCCACGCGAGGAGAAAAGACAGUGACCAGAAACUCGUCGUUCUUCAAGCUCGUCAGACAACAAAAUGAACCAACGGAAGGCGACUCAACCGAUGGAGAACAUGAUAACCUCGAAGAUACGGACGGUGAACCGGACAACAUUGCACAGGCUGAAGAACAGCAACAAGAACCUCACCGUUAUCCUCAACGCGUUCGAGCGCCACCAAGACAUCUAGCAGACUAUGCAUAUCGCUGA